AUGCCGUUCAGGUGUUGUGUGCCGGCGGGCUGUUCCAGCUACAAAGGCACUGCCGAAAAGGUAUCGCUGUUUCGCAUGCUGAGUAUUCGUGAGCACUUCGAGAAUUGGAAGCGAGCCAUACCACAGCAAGAAACGGAUGAUUUCAGCUUCGAGUCCAAGCAUGAUAGCCAAGCUCAGAGAAGACGCCAGCCACGGCCACCGCGGGUGGUGCCAUCCGUGGGUAGAACCAGUUGGCGUUCAGACCUACCGCGGCAUGCUCAAGCAGUCAGCUUUAGUGGUUCUGAAUGCUCGUUUCACAGUUCACACUACAACGAACAUGCUCCUGUCUCCUACCUGCACCAGUGCUUCUACGUGGACCAGAAACUGGGGGAAGGCUCUUUUGGAGUGGUGUACAAGGUGCGGUGCCUGGAUGACGGCCGGUGGUAUGCGGUUAAGGUAGCCAAUCGUGAGUUUCGGGGCCAGCGCGACCGUUGGCGGCAGCUGCAGGAGGUGGCCAAGCACGAGCUGCUGCCGCCACACCCGCACUGCGUGCGCUUCAUCAAAGCCUGGGAGGAGGACUACCGGUUGUACAUCCAGACGGAGCUGUGCGAGUGCAGCCUGGCUACCUACACCGAGAAGCACCACAACCUGUCCGAGCAGCUCGUCUGGGAGUUCCUUGUCGACCUACUGCUGGGUGUGAAACAUUUGCACGACCAUGACCUGGCCCACAUGGACAUCAAGCCGGAAAACAUCUUCAUCUCUAAGGAUGGCUACUACAAGCUAGGUGACUUUGGCCUCGUCCUCGACCUCAAGCGGGAUGACCCCUCAGACCCUCUGGACGGCGACCCUUGCUACCUUGCACCAGAGCUGAUGGAGGGCCACUUCACCAAGGCAGCCGACAUCUUCAGUCUAGGUAUCACGGUACUAGAGCUGGCCUGUGACCUGGAGCUGCCCAGUCGAGGUGACAACUGGCACGCUCUGCGAUCGGGAACCUUGCCUCAUUACCUUGCACAGCGUCUUUCACCGCAGCUGCACAGCGUGAUCCAGCAGAUGAUGCACCCCGAUCCACAGCAGCGCAUCACGGCUGACCAGCUGCUGGCCCUGCCAGACGUCCGCCAGGUCCGCCUUCGGCGAAAGCUUUACGUGGCACGAAGGAGAGCGGUUAGCUGGGUGCAAGACAUGUUGCUGCUGAUCUGGUUCUGGUUGCAGUCAUACCUUGUAGCCACCUGGAGGGUUCCACUCUCCUGCAUCAAGCCACUCUUUGCAUCCUCCCGUCCCCAGUGUUGCUGGCCGGACGUCAUACCUGGACAGCGACUGCUUUUCAGACGAUGAAACGUUCGGAGAGUCUCUGAAUCACGACCUCGGGGAGCACCAAGACUUUCUUGGGGUGAACUUGAGCAGCUUUGAACGCAGCUUCUGUGAUGGUGGCCACUUACUUGAAAGGUCAACACCUAAGCCGCUUCGGCAUAGGCAUGACCAGCGGUUGCACAGCACACCCACGGCCUUGUUCUCCCGGCGUUCGAGGUCCAACUCUACCCCUCCGCCAGUGCCGUUCAACCUGAGUAUGGACGAUGGAACAAUCGAGAACCCCUUCUCGG